AAUCCGGUCCUGACUGUCCCUUACCACCGGCGCCGAUGUGAUAGGGAGGCCGUCCCCCCCAAAAUCCCAAUCAUGCGUUCAGCGACAGGCGCCACCAAUUCCUUUGGUCAGGUAGGAUAUAUUCGGCCAGGAGGAAGACGGGGAGAUCGUCGAAAAAGAAACAAAAUAAUUUAGGUCAUGGUGCAGAAGGGGCCGGACACAAAGCACGGAGUAUACAUGCACCUCUGUACCCAGAGGGCAAUCGGUGUAUUCCCACUUGAAUAAUGUGCAGACAGCCAGAGGGAUGAUGCAGCCUGCCGUCCCCGGUGUUCAGAUCAAUUUGGGCCACGGGUCCAUCUUGAUCCGGUUUCUCAUGUUAAGGGUGUAUUGCUUUUUCUCCUCCUUUUUUUUAAUUCAUACUUUUUUUUUGUUUUUCUCCCUUUUUCUUUCCUUCUUUUUGCCUUUUUUGCUUUUUCUUCUUUUUGAUUCCCAGUUUACCUUUUGCCCUGGGAGUAGUAGAAACCAGGGCAAAGCAGGGGGCAUCCGGGCAUUCCAGCCCUUGAUGCAUCCAGAAGUACCCCCCCGAAGCUAUUCUUUGCGACGGACUGUCUUCGUCAUUGUCAACAUACUGAAGAAGAUCGGGAUAUAACUCUGUCAGGACAUCCAUGUCCGCUCCGAUCAGAUCAUUCCAAUUCCUUCCUCCGUCCUGAUUACUCUUAGUGGCCUUUCUCCCAAAGCGGGAAACAGUCCGCCAACGGCUCUAUGCGACACCGACCAUUGCUGGACAAGGCCAUCCCCGUCAUGCCAUCCACAUUGGCCUCGUGUUGUGAAUGGUACAUUCUAGUCGCCUGUACCCUGCCAGGUACAGAU